GCACCCACUCUCACACAAAAGCUUCUCUACUAUCGCUUUUGUUUUAAACUUCAUUUUUCUCAGGCUUCUUUGCUGUUUCUACAUUAUCAUUUAACAUGGCUUCGAAGUCUCUGGCUCUUGUUCUUUUGCUUAUUGCAACUUUUGCUUUUGUGUCUGAGAGUAGUAGGAUUGCAAGGAAGGACUUGGGUUUGGAUCUUGGCGGUCUGGGAGGUGGGGUUGGAACAGGGUUGGGCGUGGGUGUGGGCUUAGGGGGUGGCAGUGGCUCGGUCUCUGGAUCCGGUUCUGGAUCUGGGUCUGCGUCUGGGUUGGGUUCCAUCUCUGGAUCUAGGUCUGGUUCCAUCUCUGGGUCAAGGUCUGGGUCAGGUUCAGCCUUGGGGUCAGGUUCCGGUUCAGGUUCAGGUUCAGGAUCAGGGUCUGGUGCGGGUUCUGAAGCGGGUUCUGAAGCCGGUUCCUAUGCUGGAUCCAGGGCCGGGUCAGGAUCUGCAAGCGGUGAAGGAUCAGGAUACGGGUCAGGCUAUGGCAGGGGAGGUGGCAACUGAGAACAUGCACUGGUGGUAAUAAUAGAUGAUUCAUCAUUCUGUGUGUAAAUAAGUUGGUGAAUCUAAUAGCCUUUCUGCUGUUGUGUGAGUGUUCUCUACUGUCUUCGGUUGUUUACCGUGUGGAAGAUGAUGCAGAUCUAAAAUCUCUCAUUUGUAUUCCCGUUUCUUAUCUUUCAUUUAAUAAAAUGAAUAUUUUCUUUGGAAAAA